CCCUCCAAUCAUUUGCAGGCUAAUGCUAUGCAGACAACAAAAAAAAAAUCCUCUUAGUUAUUAGUAGCUGGUCUUAUUAUCUUAUCCCUUCCUUAAUUGACUAGUCCUAGUGAUUAAACACGCUCGUCUCCUCCUCUUCCUCACGAGCUGCCUCCUGCCAGUCGAUCAUGGCGGCCGCAUCCUUCUGUUCCAAACGAUCUCUCCCAUGCCUACUGCUCAUAUUAGCCGUCUUCUUCCUCGGUUGCUCGUCGCCGGCGACGGCCCGCCGCGUCACCGAGGGCGAACCGGCGACGACGACGACGAUGGUGGAGAGGUUCCGGCGGUGGAAGGCGGAGUACAACCGGUCGUACGCCACGGCGGGGGAGGAGCGCCGCCGGCUCCGGGUGUACGCGCGCAACGUGCGGUACAUCGAGGCGACGAACGCGGCGGCGGGGCUCGCGUACGAGCUCGGCGAGACGGCCUACACCGACCUCACCAACGACGAGUUCAUCGCCAUGUACACCGCGCCGCCGCCGCUGCGGUCGUCAGACGGCGACGACGACGACGCGGCGACGACGAUCAUCACCACGCGCGCCGGGCCGGUGGACGAACACAACCUGCAGCCGGAGGUGUACUUCAACGAGUCCGCCGGCGCGCCGGCGAGCGUUGACUGGCGGGCGAGCGGCGCCGUGACGGAGGUGAAGGACCAAGGGCGAUGUGGAUCGUGCUGGGCGUUCUCGACGGUGGCGGUGGUGGAGGGGAUACAGAAGAUCAAGAAGGGGAAGCUGGUGUCACUGUCGGAGCAGGAGCUGGUCGACUGCGACACGCUCGACAGCGGCUGCGACGGCGGCGUCAGCUACCGGGCGCUGGAGUGGAUCACCGCCAACGGCGGCAUCACCACCCGCGACGACUACCCCUACACGGCCGCCGCCUCCGCCGCCUGCGACCGCGCCAAGCUGGGCCACCACGCCGCCACCAUCGCCGGGCUCCGCCGCGUGGCCACCCGGAGCGAGGCGUCGCUGGCGAACGCCGCGGCGGCGCAGCCCGUGGCCGUGUCCAUCGAGGCCGGCGGCGACAACUUCCAGCACUACAGGAAGGGCGUGUACGACGGGCCGUGCGGGACGCGGCUCAACCACGGCGUCACCGUCGUCGGCUACGGCCAGGAGGAGGCGGCGGCGGACGGCGGCGCCGCCGGCGGCGACAAGUACUGGAUCAUCAAGAACUCGUGGGGGAAGAACUGGGGCGACCAGGGAUACAUCAAGAUGAAGAAGGACGUCGCCGGCAAGCCGGAGGGGCUCUGCGGCAUCGCCAUCCGGCCGUCAUUCCCGCUCAUGUGAUCUCUACAUUUUUCUAAGUUAGUAGCUUUCAAAUUAGUCAAACUUAGGAAAUUUGGGAUGGUGUUCAUCGCGUGCACGAUGCACCUACACACACUACGCUGUUAAUAUUACGUGUAAAACUCGCGAAUCACAUGAUUGUUUAUUACAAUUGGAAAUAAAUUUAUAUACAAAGGAUAGAAAUUUCUUCA